AUGGUGGCUGGGCUCUGUGGCCAAAAUCUGGAUUGGAACUUCAAAGUACAAGGUUUUGGGAUUUGGUUAGCUUUUUGCAAGGAAUUGAACUGUUGCACCUCAUUACCAUCUGGGGUAUCUGAAGUUCAGGUUUUUCUUAGUACUGUGGCAAUCAAAAUGGUGUCUGCUUGUGUGACCUUGAAAGUCAAUACCCAAUUUGUAAACUCGAGAAAAGACAAUACUUUUCGUCAAGAUGGUGGUUUUUUAGGUGAGAGAAUCAAAGGGAGUCUUAAUUACAGUCCCUGGAUCACUAACCGAUUGGCCUCAAGUUUGAGAACCCAGGAGAGGGUGAAGAAGACCAAACCCGGUGUUGUUUCUGCUGUUCUUACGUCAAGUACUACCAAAGAAUCAGUGGCCUUUCAAAUGCCUUCGUUUCUCAGAAGAAAAGCUGACCCAAAAAAUGUUGUUUCCAUCAUAUUGGGAGGGGGUCCCGGCAUUCAACUGUUUCCUCUUACCAAACGAGCUGCCACACCUGCUGUUCCUGUUGGUGGAUGUUACAGGCUUAUAGACAUCCCAAUGAGCAACUGCAUCAACAGUGGCCUCAACAAAAUAUUUGUAUUGACCCAAUUCAACUCUGCAUCCCUCAACCGUCACAUCUCCCGCACCUAUUUUGGAAACGGAAUCAACUUUGGGGAUGGAUGCGUGGAGGUUCUGGCGGCUACUCAAACACCAGGAGAAGCUGGAAAGAAAUGGUUCCAAGGAACCGCAGAUGCUGUGAGGCAAUUUACAUGGGUAUUUGAGGAUGCCAAAAACACAAACAUUGAGAACGUGUUAAUCUUGGCCGGAGAUCAUCUAUACCGAAUGGAUUACAUGGACCUUGUGCAGAGUCACGUUGAAAGAAAUGCAGAUAUUACAGUAUCAUGUGCUGCUGUAGGUGACAGCCGUGCAUCAGAUUAUGGAUUGGUCAAGGUAGAUGGCAGAGGUCGCAUCAUCCACUUUUCAGAAAAACCCAAGGGUCCUGAUCUGAAAGCAAUGGAAGUAGAUACUUCUGUUUUCGGGUUGUUAACCCAUGAGGAAAAAAAAACACCAUAUAUUGCAUCGAUGGGGGUUUAUGUAUUCAAGACGGAUGUUUUACUUAAAAUUUUGAAAUGGAGAUAUCCUACGUCCAAUGACUUCGGAUCUGAAAUUAUUCCUGCAGCUGUGAGGGAACACAAUGUCCAAGCGUAUUUUUACGAUGACUAUUGGGAAGACAUUGGAACAAUUAAAUCAUUUUACGAUGCUAACUUGGCUCUUACUGAAGAGAAUCCAAUGUUCAAAUUUUAUGAUCCCAAAACACCCAUUUACACAUCCCCAAGAUUCCUACCACCAACAAAGAUUGACAAAUGCCGGAUUGUUGAUGCAAUAAUUUCCCAUGGAUGUUUCCUAAGAGAAUGUACCGUUCAACGUUCCAUUGUGGGCGAACGUUCACGUUUGGAUUAUGGUGUUGAGCUCCAGGACACUGUAAUGAUGGGAGCUGACUAUUACCAAACUGAAUCCGAAAUUGCUUCUCUGCUGGCAGAGGGGAAGGUUCCCAUUGGGAUCGGAAGGAAUACCAAAAUUAGGAACUGCAUAAUUGACAAGAAUGCAAAGAUAGGGAAAGAUGUCAUCAUCAUGAACAAAGAUGGAGUUCAAGAAGCAGAUAGACCAGAAGAUGGAUUUUACAUUCGAUCAGGAAUAACAGUCAUAUUGGAGAAGGCAACAAUAGAAGAUGGCACUGUCAUAUAA